AUGCCAUCGGUCCAAACGCUCCUUUUCUCCCCAGCGGAGCUCGCCUAUCUUCACGCCUCCCUCUCCCUCCCGACCCCAAUCCGCCCCGAUGGCCGCAAGCCAACCCAGUUCCGCCCAUUAACCGCCGAAACGGGCAUUCUACCGGCCACCAACGGAAGCGCGAGGGUAUGUUUUGCCGACGGCACCGAAGCGAUCGUGGGCGUCAAGGCAGAGAUUCAGAAGACCAUCGACCCGCGAGCGACCAGCCUUCCUGUCUACACUGCGUCUAGGGGAGAGCAAUCGAGGACGGAGGAUGACGAGGGGCGAGCGCCGGAGCCGGCGGCGAGUAACGAGUGGCUUGAGAUUACCGUAGAGAUACCAGGAUACAGGGAUGAUGACGCGACGACGGUGUUCUUAGCGUCGAUGUUGAGCGAGGCCCUGGUCGCCGAUGGAGAGUUUGCGAAGAAGCUUGUGAUAAAUCGGAGGUUUCACUGGAAACUCUACCUCGAUAUAUUCCUCAUCUCCCCUCCACUGUCAUAUCCUCUACCUCUCCUCUCCUUAACGACACAUCUCGCCCUUCUCUCCACGAGGUUACCGAGACUCAAAUCAGAAGGCGAUGAGGACCCCAUGUUCGACGACGAUUGGGAGGCCGCCACGUAUCUCUACCCACCGGUCUCGUCCGCUUCUAGUUCCAGACCACCAAUCACACUUCUCGUCGUAGCUAUAGGUGACAACAUCUUCUUCGACCCAUCAAGCGAGGAACUUGCUGUCGCCGAGGUCGCGCUAGCGAUAUCAGUCGCCGAGUGCCCCAAUGUGUGCAAGGGCGCAGAUGUAAUGGAAAUCGAUUCUAGCCGCACUUUCAAGAUGCUCUCUAUGAGGUCGAUUGACCCUCCCUCGCGGCUAACACCUCCUGGGAUCCCUGAUGUGGAGAACCCUACCACGGGUACCUCUGGAGCGGCGACGCCGAGCAAGAAGCCGCAGCAGAAGGCGCAGACCUCUAAAGGAGUGUGGAGGGCGCCUUUGGGAGGCGCGAAAUUCGGCAUGAUACAGUUGAUGAUACAGCAGGUUAUGGGGAAGGGUGGUGUUGCGAAUGAGGUGUUGGAUGGUGUUGCUGGUGUGGAUUUGAGUUAG